AUGUCUUCAUAUUACACAUCAUACUCAGUCUUCCUCUUAAUUGUCUCUCUUCUCCUCGACUCUCCUCUGUUCAGGAAUGUUCUCCAUAUGCAGCUCACCUCUUCGAUGCUGAGGUCCCAACCACCCCGCUCAGGACCAUCCCUGGCCUCUGUCCUGACUACUGCUCCCAGUUCUGGAAGAAGUGCGGCUCCACCAUCCCUUACCUGUCUGACGACCCACACAUAGACAAAAUUAAACAUGACCAGACACUCCUCUGCCAGUACCUGCAGCUGGACGACGAGGACUACUGCUAUCCACACCUCCUCAGCAACCAGAAGCUCACCCAGAAUCUGGGCCGAGUUCAGUCAGACUCAGACGGCUGUCUGCAGUUGUGUCUGAAAGAAGUUGCGAAUGGGCUGCGGAACCCGCUAGCUAUGGUGCACGCCAAUGAUGGCACACAUCGGUUCUUUGUAGCAGAACAGGUGGGCUUGGUGUGGACAUACCUUCCUGAUGGGUCCAAACUGGAGAGACCAUUUUUGAACAUUUCCAAGGCGGUGUUAACAUCAUCAUGGGAAGGUGAUGAGAGAGGCUUUCUGGGACUCACCUUUCACCCCACGUAUAAGUUCAAUAGGAAGCUGUAUGUGUAUUACUCAGUGGAGGUGGGUUUUGAUGAGAGGAUCAGGAUCAGUGAGUUCCAUGUGUCAGCCCACGACAUGAAUGUGGUGGAUCAUACCUCUGAGCGGGUUAUUCUGGAGAUUGAUGAACCAGCAUCCAAUCACAAUGGAGGGCAACUUCUAUUUGCAGAUGAUGGCUACUUGUACAUUUUCACAGGAGAUGGUGGAAUGGCAGGAGACCCAUUUGGGAAAUAUGGGAAUGCCCAGAACAAGUCAGCUCUAUUGGGUAAAGUUCUCCGUAUUGAUGUGGAUGACAAUGAGAGAGGCCCAUUGUACAGAAUUCCUCCAGAUAACCCCUUCAUACACGAACAGGGGGCACGACCUGAGGUCUAUGCUUACGGUGUCCGUAACAUGUGGAGGUGUUCUGUGGACCGUGGCGACCCUGGCAACAAAGAAGGCAAAGGCCGUAUAUUCUGCGGGGAUGUGGGCCAAAACAAGUUUGAAGAAAUCGACAUCAUCGAGAAGGGUCGAAACUACGGCUGGAGAGCCAAAGAGGGCUUUUCCUGCUACGAUAAGAAGCUCUGUGCCAACAGCUCAUUAGAUGAUGUCCUCCCUAUUUACGCCUACCCUCACAAGAUGGGCAAGUCAGUGACUGGUGGCUAUGUGUACAGAGGCUGUGAAUACCCCAAUCUGAAUGGCAUGUACAUAUUUGGAGACUUCAUGAGUGGGCGUUUGAUGAGCCUGCAGGAGGACAGAAAUACAAGGCAGUGGAAAUACAACGAGAUCUGUAUGGGGUUGGGCCUGACCUGUGCCUUCCCUGGACUCAUCAACAACUACCACCAGUACAUCAUCUCCUUUGCAGAGGAUGAAGCUGGCGAGCUGUACUUCAUGUCGACUGGAAUACCGAGCGCUACGUCACCUUCAGGAGUCAUUUAUAAGGUGGUGGACCCCUCAAGACGUGCUUCACCGAGACAGUGUCACUAUGACCCUCUUCCUGUCAGAGUGAAAAGUAACCUCAUCCAGUUUGUUCCCCAGGAGACAUUAAUCGGAGUUGAGAUACCAAACAAAAUCGAGCCUGAGCCACAACCCACAGAGUCCUACGACUGGCUCCAGGAGCUUAUUGACCUUCUUGGAGUACCAGACCCAACCACUCCUUUGCCAACCACAACUACCACUAAAUCACCCAGACAUUCAAGGCGGAAAGGCAGACGCAGGAAAGGCAAAGCCAGAGCGGGGAGUACACCCCAGCUCCAGAACGGAGCAGUGAGGCUGGUUGGGGAUGACCAAGGCCGCAGCGACCGUGGACGGGUGGAGAUCUACUUUAACGGGGCAUGGGGCACCGUGUGUGAUGACCUGUGGACCACCAAGAAUGCUGCAGUGGUUUGUCGGCAGUUGGGCUUCAAGUACGCUCUGAAGGCAGCCAAGAACUCAGAGUUCGGGGAGGGGAGAGAUCUGGAGAUUCUUCUGGAUGAUGUUCAGUGUGAAGGGAUCGAGUCCACCCUGCUGGAUUGCCAACACGCUGGUGUGGGGAUAAAUAACUGCGCCCAUUAUGAAGAUGCUGGGGUGAUCUGUGGCAACUCGGACUAUGUUAUAGAAGUCUAAAUGUUUGACUACUAUCAAAUCAGAGCUAAUUAUCAUCGACUAAACCGGUUGUCUUAUAAAUCCACCCUAAAUGUAACAGUUCAAAACUGAUAUUUUCAAUCUACUUUUGGUGAAGAACUUGCUAAUUCCCAUCUAUUAGCACACCAAACAGACCAAAUAACUUUGUGCUACAUUUCCAGCCACUACAAGUGGAGUUAAAUAGCAUAAAGGUGCCCUAAAAUUACUGUAUUUUGUUGUCAGUCCAUCACAAUAUAAAAGGAAAGGGGAAAUCUUGUAUAAUACAAUGCAACCACAAUACAAUGUGCUUUGAAUAAGGGGCAUGUUAUCAAUUGUUCUCAUAGAACCCACAGGUAACUACAAAAAGAUGAUGAAAUCCCAAUCUAAAGCAGGUAGUGAUGUAGGUUUUUAUGGAAAUUGGGAGCGCCAAUGGACAAAGAAUAAUCCUUUAAUCAAAGCAUUCCAGAGGUUAUUUAUAAGAUAAGCUAACAGCUGGAAUGCACUGAUGAUAUCUAACACUUUAACCACAUCCAAGGGUGGAGUUUUCCUUCAGCAGUGUUUACUUGCCAUUAGGGGCACAUAGCUUUUUCUCAAAGCUAAAUGUUUAUGUAGGAGUUUAUUUUUAAUUUUUUUUUUUCUAUCUUAGACUUGAAUGUUUAAUUUGAAUGUAUGUUUAGCACUUUUGCAUUCACUCUUUGCCCUUUCAGUGAUUUGUUACAGUAACAAAUUUGAUAAUUAGUGUCUGAAUGUCGUAUUUCCAAGUGAAUGUUCGAUGCCCACUGAAUGAAUGUGUGGUUGUAUCAUGAUGUUGUAAAUUUAGAAAAUGAUUUUAAUAAAAGGGUCCUAGUCUGUACUGGUUUACAGCUACACUUGGGCCUAACAUAACUCGA